CGUCGGAAGGUGCAUUUGGACAGAGAUCUCUGAGUGCAUUCUGUUGUUCGCGGUCGUUGCUUUCGAACAGGCACGCCGCACAUGAGGUGAAUGCGAGAGAUCUCGCCUGCCUUUCAGCAUUUGAGCACCUCUGCAUCUCGUCGGCACCGCUUCUCCUCCCUCUGGGCCGCCAUGUCAUUCAGCCUCUGGCUUGAGGUACCCAGCACGCCAUGAGCUUUUCCUUCACUUAUCAUCUAUCCAAUUUGCGCCAUCGUCUGUCGAUUGAUUUUCUGACAGGCACCACAAAGCCCUUUUGGUGACGCCAUUCAACGACAUGCAGGCGAAUUGGGCACGCCUGAGUUCUCACCCCACGUCACACUGGUCAGCGGGGGACCGUAUGCGUCUAUCUGCGAUGAAUUCCUCUCCCUGUGUGUCAGAUCGGUGGCGUCAAGCAUCUUUCGUUGGAGGCUUUGCAAGACAAGUGCAUGCGGCUGGCGGCCUCGUCGCGGCGUGCGACGCUCACCGUGACCGAUGUUGACUACGGCGAGAUGUUCUUUCAGUGCAUCUAUGCCCUGAUCAACAAGACCCAAGAGCUGACCGCCUUGCAUGAAAACGCCAAGAAGGUGAGAUGGGAGGGGAUGGACACGGCGAGCGAGGCACCGCCAACGAACCUGCCUGUUCUCAUCGAUAUGGAUGGAUGGACGGAUGCAGCUCUUGUACACGGACGAGGGCGUGGACUUCAAAGGGCCGAAUGAUGAGUACAUGCCUCACCUGUCGCUGGUAUACGGCGAGCUGUCGAAGGAGGUCAAGGGGGAGCUGAGCGCCAUCCUGAGCGAGGAGGUGCGAGGGAGUGAGUUCACCGUUGGCGCGAUAGCCCUGUACGAGACGGGGCCUGACAUUCAGGACUGGAAGUGUAUCGCGAGAUAUCCUCUCUUGAGCCAGUGAAGAGUGGGGUGAGGGAGGUUUUGCGUCGUCUGUUUAGUUGUUUGGUGUUCUCGUGCUUGGCG